CUAAAUGGAACGCAGCCGCAGUCAGUCUGGUUCCUGUUAUUCAGGGCUUGUAGUGCUAACUGUGUAGCACAACAACUUUAACAAAGUUGCUCCUCAUAACUGCGGUAUUCUUCUUAGUCGCAGAAAUAGUUCGCAUUAAAACGGAGUGAACAAAAUGCCCGCGGUCUCUAAAGGGGAUGGAAUGCGAGGUUUGGCUGUGUUCAUUUCAGACAUCAGGAACUGUAAAAGUAAGGAGUCAGAAGUGAAAAGGAUAAACAAAGAGCUAGCCAACAUCCGUUCCAAAUUUAAAGGAGACAAGGCUUUGGAUGGCUACAGUAAAAAGAAAUAUGUGUGCAAACUGCUCUUCAUCUUCCUUCUGGGCCAUGAUAUUGACUUUGGACACAUGGAGGCUGUCAACCUGCUUAGCUCCAACAAAUACACCGAAAAGCAAAUUGGUUACUUGUUCAUCUCCGUGCUGGUGAACUCCAACAGUGACCUCAUCCGUCUGAUCAACAACGCCAUCAAGAACGACCUCGCCAGCCGCAACUCGACCUUCAUGAACCUGGCCCUGCACUGCAUCGCUAACGUAGGGAGCAGAGAGAUGGCCGAGGCUUUUGCUUCGGAGAUUCCCAGAAUCUUGGUGGCAGGGGACACCAUGGACAGCGUGAAGCAGAGCGCUGCGCUGUGUCUGCUGCGGCUCAACAGGACUUCUCCUGACCUGGUGCCUAUGGGGGAGUGGACAGCACGGGUCGUCCACCUGCUCAAUGAUCAGCACCUGGGAGUAGUCACAGCAGCCACCAGCCUCAUCACCACCCUGGCCCAGAAGAGUCCAGACGACUUUAAGACGUCCGUGUCCCUGGCUGUGGCCAGGCUCAGUAGGAUUGUGACCUCUGCAUCCAUCGACCUGCAGGACUAUACAUACUACUUUGUUGCUGCGCCGUGGUUGUCUGUCAAACUGCUGCGCUUGCUGCAGUGCUACCCUCCACCUGAGGACACAUCACUGCGAAGUCGUCUGACCGAGUGUCUGGAGACCAUCCUUAAUAAAGCCCAGGAGCCGCCCAAGUCCAAGAAGGUGCAGCAUUCCAAUGCAAAAAACGCUGUUCUGUUUGAAGCCAUUGCCCUCAUCAUCCACCAUGACAGUGAACCCAAUCUGUUGGUACGAGCCUGCAACCAGCUGGGCCAGUUCCUGCAGCACAGAGAAACUAACCUCCGUUACCUGGCCUUGGAGAGCAUGUGCACGCUGGCCAGCUCCGAGUUCUCCCACGAAGCCGUGAAGACGCACAUCGAAACUGUCAUCAAUGCCCUAAAGACUGAGAGAGAUGUGAGCGUGCGCCAGCGGGCCGUCGACCUUCUCUACGCCAUGUGUGACCGCAGCAACUCCAAGCAGAUUGUAGCGGAGAUGCUGAGCUACUUGGAGACGGCAGACUACUCAAUCAGAGAGGAGAUUGUGCUGAAGGUGGCCAUCCUGGCCGAGAAGUAUGCAGUGGACUACACCUGGUACGUGGACACCAUCCUCAACCUGAUCCGCAUCGCCGGCGACUACGUGAGCGAGGAGGUGUGGUACCGCGUCAUCCAGAUCGUCAUCAACCGGGACGACGUCCAAGGCUACGCUGCCAAGACCGUGUUUGAGGCCCUCCAGGCUCCAGCCUGCCAUGAGAAUCUGGUGAAAGUGGGUGGUUACAUUCUGGGAGAGUUCGGAAACCUGAUUGCUGGUGACCCUCGCUCCAGCCCUCUGGUCCAGUUCAACCUGCUUCACUCCAAGUUCCACCUGUGCUCGGUGCCGACCCGGGCCCUGCUGCUCUCUGCGUACAUCAAGUUCAUCAACUUGUUCCCGGAAGUGAAAGGCACAAUCCAAGAUGUCCUCCGCUCAGACAGCCAGCUUCGCAACGCCGACGUGGAGCUCCAGCAGAGGGCAGUGGAGUACCUGAGGCUCAGCUGCAUCGCCAGCACCGACAUACUGGCCACCGUGUUAGAAGAAAUGCCUCCGUUCCCAGAGAGAGAGUCGUCCAUCCUGGCCAAGCUGAAGAAGAAGAAGGGCUCCAGCAAACUGCCCGACAUGGACGAUUCCCGAAAGAAUGUCAACGGCAGCACCGAACACGCCGAGGAUGCCGAAGUGGCCAGCAAGUCUCUACCUUCCCGUUAUUCUGCUCCUCUCCUCUUCUUUUCUGUGCCUCAGCCUCCUCAGUUUCUGUUGGAGGAGCUCAUUUCCACAGACAGACCCCACCCCUCCUCUAGCGCCACCAUGCUCCCCACCAGAACCAUGGUUCCCAGCCACACCUUCACUGACGACCUGAGUGUGAACUCAGCCCCGUCCUCAGGAGCCAGCCUGCUGGUGGACGUCUUCUCUGACUUCAGCAGCGCUGCACCCACAGAGGGCUCAGACGAACACUUUCCCAGGUUUGUGUGCAAAAACAAUGGUAUUAUCUACGAGAACCAGCUUCUCCAGAUUGGGCUGAAGUCUGAGUACCGGCAGAACCUGGGUCGCAUGUAUGUGUUCUAUGGCAACAAGACCUCCACACAGUUCCUGAGUUUCUCCACAUCAGUGAGCAGUAACAACGUCCUCGGCUUACAGCUGAAUGUCCAGGAAAAGCCAGUAGACCCGCUUAUUGAGGCUGGAGCUCAGGUCCAGCAGAUCCUCAACAUCGAGUGUGUGUCUGAUUUCUCAGAUGCUCCUAUACUCAACAUUCAGUUCAGAUAUGGUGGAACACUGCAGAACAUCGCAGUCAAACUCCCUGUGAUGCUGAAUAAGUUCUUCCAGCCCACGGAGAUGACGUCCCAAGACUUCUUCCAGCGCUGGAAGCAGCUUGGAGCUCCUCAACAAGAGGUACAGAAAAUCUUCAAAGCUAAAAACCAGAUGGACACAGAUGUUUCCAAAGCCAAGCUGUUGGGUUUCGGUGUAGCUCUGUUGGACGGUGUGGAUCCUAAUCCGGCGAACUUCGUUGGAGCUGGAAUCAUCCACACUAAGACCACUCAGGUGGGCUGCCUGCUCAGGCUGGAGCCCAACACACAAGCACAGAUGUACCGCCUCACCUUGCGGACCAGUAAGGAGUCUGUAUCUCAGCGGCUGGUUGAGCUGCUGUCUGAACAGUUUUAGCCUCCACACAGGGCCUGCAUUUUUACACUUUCUUACUCUCACUUCAAAUCAAAAAAAGAUGUAUUGUACAGUGUACAUUUUUUCAUUUUAUUUACAUGCUUUAUAUCCUAGUGAGAGGGAAAAGUCUUUUAUGCACAUAACUCUAGUAAUGCCUCAUUGCUUUAAAGCUGCGUCGUGUUUGUCCUCACACUGUGAUGAGGCUCAUGGUUUGGACUGGCAGCCUGAGCCGCCGGUACCGAGAGUCCGGGUCGUUGGUCUGGGAGUGUUUCACACAAUCAUUCUGCACUUGUUGGCUUCAAAAAAUUUAUUACACAAGUUGCUCACAGAGAACGCCAACACUUCAGCUGUUUGUUACAUGUCAUCUCAGGAGGAUUAAUCCCUCUUAUUUAUAAAAAAACAUUUUUUGUAUGUGUGGGUUUUGUUUCCUAACACCCACAGCUGUUUUCUAGAAUCAUCUUACAGGGACUGUGAUUGAAAUAACAUGUUUAUGUCUAAAUAGAGAACUCCCAGGUCACUUUUGAGAAAUACUUCACAGACGAUACAAUGGUCUGUUUCUAAAGGGAUAAUUCAGAUUUUUUUGAAGAUGGGUUCUAUUGAGAAGUUUUGAGCAGUCAGUGUUUUGCCUGAUGUAGAUAAUUGCUAGUGUUUGUGUUUUGCACAUAUACUGACGUGUUUUUUUUUAACAACAUAGACAAGCAACACUGCAGCUAGAUUAUUUUAAUGUCUGCCGUCUGAGCUUUUCACCUCUACACACCGUAUGUAGCAACACGCGUACCAGAGAUAUGGCGUUUAAGCUGCUGCUAACUCAAAGUAGCUUCAGGUUGUUGGUCCGUUCUGACGGGUUUUAUCAGAGUUUUCUCCUGACUGCCUUUAAACGUUCAAUGGAACCAGCUUUUAAAAAAACCUCAACUCUAUUUUUAUUCUAUAAAUGUUUGCUCACACCAAGAACAGGAACUCUGCUGGUCAUGAAAGGUUGAUUAGAGAGGUGGACCGUCAACAGCACACUGUAACAGUUAUGUCACUGCCGUAUAUUGGACCUUUCUAACUGUGUUUUAAAUCAACCAACAUUGUUGGAUGUCUUUAUGCCUUUUCUGAUGUUGAAAUAAUAGUUUCCAGUGGAAUCACUGGAGCUGGUUGUUGGUGUGAACAGCCUUUAAAGCACUGCACAUUCUUUUUAUUUUGUCCUAAAGCAUUUCUUUUUAAUGUCCAUCUAGAAAUAUUUCUCUAUUAGUCACUGUUUGCUUGUGUGUUUUUCUAUUUGCUUAAAGAAUGCCUAUUUUUACACCUUUUUUAAUAAAAAUAACUCUAACUGCAGCUCUGCUGGAAAAUUCCCCCCUAAUAAUUUUAUGCCAUAUCUCAUUUUUAGCUCCACUUUUUUUCACCAGUCAGCUAAACUGGAAUCCCAGAGCUGCACUGUUUACGUGUCGCUGCUCAUGACUGGAUUAGAAAGUGACGUUAACCUUAGAGAAGAGCAGUCAGACUAACUGACGUCUCUUGACAUCAGCCUCCAGACGUUGUGUGAUGGUUCUGAUCCACGAACCCAAAGCCUGAAGCCAAACCUGAUGGGCUCACUGUCACGUUUUGACUUGAUGCUGUAAGAAAUGUGCUGAAAACAGCUGAACGUUAGAGAACCAGGGAAACCAGUGACCUCUGAGUAACGUGAAGCACUGCUGCUUUUCCACCUGCAGCCUUAAACGUUUUCACAUACUCUGAUUCUGUUGUUUCCAACGUGAACAUUGUUUGUUUUAUGCUGUGAAUUGGAGUUUUAAUGCCGUACUAUUCAUAAAUUGGUGAUUUAUUAAGCAAAUAAUGUCUGAUCAGUUUUGCUGUUUAUUUGCACAUGUAUUGUGAAUUUAAUCAGCAUGUCGUCGUUUAAGUGUUGGUGAUGCUUAAGGAAGGAAAGUGUUCCCGUUACCCAUAAGCCCCUGCUGCACCCUGCUACCACCUCACACCAGCUGCUCCUUUGUAAUUUUGCUUGUUUCCGACUCGGGAUUCUCAUUUUGUAAAAAACCAUGCAUCAUAUUUAUAUGACUUUAAUAAAUAAUACCUACCAGGUCAGGGUUAUGAUCAGAGGUCACAAACUCACAAUUAUAAGAAAUAGAAUGUCACAAAUUACAGUUUUAUAAUUAUUUCUCGUCUUCAUUCAUUAAAAAUAUUUCAACUAUAAAGACAAAUUGUUAAAGUAGAUAACUGAGGUACAAAAUGGCAACGCAUUGUUAGAUCAGGGUCGAGCAGAUCCUCCCUCCAACAAUAAACAGUUCAGUUCAUAAGGUUCUGAAUAUUUUAAAUGAGAAGAACUAAAUAUAUCGCUAAAGUGUGACAGGUGAGGUGAUGACCGAUGAAUUAGAUCCAGAC